AUGGCUGAUAACAUGAACGAUGAUAUGGUUAUGGAUCUUGAUUUGAACCAAGAGCCAUUAGUUGACCCUCCACCACCUCCGCCUUUUGGUUAUGGUCCUUUGCUAAACGAACUAGAGACCGCACAUGGCAGAAUCGAGGAUCGAAUUAGGCAACUUGAAGCUGUUACAGCUAGGGCUAGACAACGCCAGCGAUGGCGACAGGCAAGGAACAAUCCGGAAUUGAGUUACAUGACAGUAAUCGAGCCAGAUGUUGGUGCAGGAAACCAGAAUCAAGACGACAAUAAUGUUCGUGAUGUGGAUGGAAUUGUAAACACUCCUGAUGGUGUUGACGAGAGGGCUAAUGGUGAAAGAGGGAGGAACAGCAAAAGAGAUAUCAGCCAGUUGGCAAAAGCUUUGGAGAUGGAUUUAGAUUCCAAGAAGACAGAUAACAAUGGAGGUGAUGAUGAUGAGAGUGGGGGAUUCUUCGAUUGUAACAUAUGCUUGGAGAUGGCAAGGGAUCCUAUCUUGACUUGCUGUGGUCACUUAUUUUGUUGGAGUUGCUUCUAUCAGUUGUCAUAUGUAGAUUCAAGUGCAAAAGAAUGCCCAGUUUGCAAAGGAGAAGUAACAGAUUCAAGUAUUACACCAAUCUAUGGAAAUGGAAAGAAUCAACCAAUCUUGAAGUUAGAAUCCGGGGUGAAAAUCCCUCCAAGACCUCGAGCACGCAGAGUAGAGAGUAUACGUCAGCAAAGGGUAAUUAGGGGAAUCUCUCAUAUUCCUGUAGCAGAAGCACUUAGAAGAAUCAGAAUUGGAAUCGGUUCAAUUGGGGAAAACCCUCUUCUUCAAGGUCUCAACACUGUAGGAGGAGGAGGCCCUACUUCUGAAAUAAACCCAUCAUUGUUACAUUCUUCUGAAGCAGCAGGGGGUAGUAGAAGACACCGUUCACGUCCAUUCUCAAGGGAUGCUUCACAGAUUCUACCAGGUAAUCAAGAACGCAACACUUUUCUUCCAAAUGGUGGUGAUAUUCAAGUUCAACUGGAGCCUCAGAAUGCAGAGAUGAAUAUGAGUCCGAAUCCUGCUGUCCCUGUUUCUUCUAGUUCUUCUCAAAGAGCGAUUGCUACUACUGUUGUGCAUUUGGAUAAUCUAUCAACUGAUAGUGCUGUAGAGAUUGAUCUGACUAUAUCGCAUCCUUCUUCUUCUUCUGCUAGGAGAGCUGCUGUUUCAAGGGCGUUGAGUUUGGAAGGUGGGACUUCCAGGGAGCUCAGGAGGAGACGAUUGAGUGAACAAGAACAUGUUUUAGAUGUGGAGAGUGCUGCUAUCUGUAUGUCAUUUAAUAUAUCAUAUGUUUUACAGACUGUGCUUAAGAUGUGGAAAAUGUAA